CCCGGAAAUAAAGAUCACGGGAGGGAGGUGGACCAACUGCGAGCAGAGCCACGAGAGGAAGAGACUUUUAUGUCUACCAAGACGCAUUUAUGAGGGACACCUAGAAUAACAUGAUGUCAGGUUUUUUAUUUCUGGAUAUGUUUUCCGUUGCUUUCCCGUCGUGAACGGGGCAGGUCGCUAGGUUAGGGUUCGCUACCUCUGGAAUCUAUUAAUCUCGAUCUGAUGAAGUUGGACGCCAGAGAAACGCAAGUAAAUUCGUGGCAUAUUUGAUGAAACAAGUUUCUAUAUGACAGUGAGUGUUCGAGUAUACCUAUUUCGAACAAACUGUUCCUGUGAAUUUUAAACCACUGUGCUUGGUUGGCAUUGAUCAAUCAAUUGCCCUCGCUAGUUCCGCUCAGGAUUUAACUGAACAAAAUACAUUAAUUUGGCGGCCGAUGGUGGAAUAAAGCCGUGAUUUCCACUCAUAAACUGCAUUUGUUAUAGAAGGGUUUAAAACCCAACUAUCAAGGUGGACAUUUCAUUCAUUUACAUUUUGAUUCUACUGUGGUUUUGACAUCGGAGUGGGCAAACAGGCUUCAUUGCAACAUCUUGGAACGUGUUCAUGACACCUGUCGGAUUUUCAUCUAGUUAUCCGUUUAUUUUAUCAACGACAAGAUGACAGUCAAACUGGACUUCGAAGAAUGUUUGAAGGACUCCCCUCGCUUCAGGGCGGAUAUCGAAGAGGUGGAGAUGGAUGUGAAUGAACUGGAAACGCGACUUGACAAGUUGGUGAAGCAGUGCCACACCAUGCUCGAGGCCGGGAAGGUAUUCUGUCAAAACAGCAAGAACUUCGUGGCGGGGCUUAGAGAGCUGGGUCACCAUUUCUCGCCCGACAACACCAUGGCGGAAUGUUUGGAUAAGUUCUCCAAAAAGCUCUCCAUCAUUCUGGAGGCUCAGGGGGAUGCCAUUGAGACCAUACAGAAGAAUGUGAAGUCAAAGUUGCACGAUUUUGUCAAACAAGACGUGAAGCGCUUUAAGGACGUGCGUAAGGAGUUUGAGCGCUGCAGCGAGACGCUGGACAACGCUCUGAACAGGAACGCCCAGGCGCCGCGCGGCAAGCAGCACGAAGUGGAGGAGGCCAGCAACGCCAUGCUCAACGCCCGCAAGGCCUUCCGGUCAGGAGCGCUGGACUACGUGCUGGAGAUCAAUGUCAUUGAGUCCAAGAAGAAGACCGAUGUCCUCAGUGCAGUUCUCGAGCUGAUGGGCGCUCAGGCGCAGUUCUUCCAGCAGGGCCACCAGUCCCUGAAGGAGCUGGAGACGUACCGGAAGACCCUGAGUGAUGAGCAAACCCAGCUGGUCCUUAAUGCAGCACGGGAGAAGAGGGACAUGGAGCAGAAGCACGCAGCCAUAAAGAAGAAGGACAUGUCUCAUGACGACUCGAUCAUGGACUACUGUGCAGACGCCGCCACGGGGAUCGUCAUGGAGGGCUACCUCUACAAGAGAGCCAGCAACGCCUUCAAGACAUGGAGCAGGCGCUGGUUCUCAAUACAGAAGAAUCAGCUGGUGUACCAAAAGAAGUUCAAGGAGCAGCCCACAAUCGUAGUGGAGGACUUGCGGUUGUGCACAGUGAAGUUAGGUGUGGAUCAGGAGAGGAGGUUCUGCUUUGAAGUUGUCUCUCCCUCAAAGACCUGUCUACUGCAGGCAGACUCUGAGAAACAGCAGCAGGGCUGGAUCACUGCUGUGCAGAACAGCAUUGCCUCAGCCUUCCAGGACCGUCGAGAGGACACCCUGAGCCCAAGGGAUCGUUGCAGCUCCGUGUCAGCGGGCAGUGGGGUAGGGCAGGAGUCAGAGAGUUCGAGUUGCAAGGCGCUGGAGGAGGUGCAGGCCAUUCCGGGUAACGGACACUGCUGCGACUGCGGAGAGCCGGGUCCUGAUUGGGCAUCCAUCAACCUGGGCAUCACACUCUGCAUCGUCUGCUCUGGCAUACACAGGAGUCUAGGAGUUCACUUCUCAAAAGUACGUUCACUUACACUGGACUCAUGGGAGCCUGAGCUCAUAAGGCUGAUGUGUGAGUUGGGUAACAGUGCCAUCAACCGAAUUUAUGAGGCGCGCAUUGAUGAGAUCACCAUAAAGAAGCCUCACCCAUCGAGCCCUCGGCAGGAUAAGGAGUCGUGGAUCCGCUCCAAGUAUGUGGAGAAAAAGUUCAUCCAGAAGCUUCCGGAGACGGGCCGUGUGACUCCUCUGAGGCGCUCCAGUGCCCGACGGAACCGCAGCACGGUGCAGGAGCGACAAGGAGGAACCCGCCCCGCCCUCAAACCCAAACCCAACCGUGCCACCCUGCCCCGCCUGACAGGGAUAAGCCCAAGUGACCUCAAGAACAAUAGCCCCUCUUACAAGGACUAUGAGGAUGGGGAGGAGGAGGACCUGAGUGGCCUGCAUCCCGGUGCUCUGCUCUACAAAUCAGCCGCCAUGCAACACUUCCCCGUCAUGGCCGACGCGCUGGCCCAUGGCGCCGACGUCAACUGGAUCAACGUGGCCGAGGAGAGCAGCACGCCGCUUAUCCAGGCAGCGACAGCGAAUUCUUUGGCAGCAUGUGAGUUUCUGCUUCAGAAUGGGGCCAAUGUCAGCCAGGUUGAUGUUAAUGGAAGAGGACCUCUCCACCAUGCUACUAUACUGGGCCACACAGGGUUGGUGUGUCUCUUCCUAAAGCGAGGAGCAGACUACAACGCCAGAGACAAGAGCGGCAAAGACCCGAUCAGUAUCGCUGUAGAGAGUGCCAAUGCUGACAUCGUGACCCUGCUGCGGAUCGCCAAGAUGAACAAAGAAAUGCGGGAGAUGGAUGGCGCGUUUGGCCAAUCAGGUGAUGAGACUUGUCUAGAUAUCUUCAGAGAUUUCUCUCAGAUGGCUUCCAACAACCCCGAGAAGCUAAAACGCCGCAGCACCGACAUCAAAACCCCCUGAUCAGCAGGUGGCAGUGUUUCACAACACAUGCUCCCUUCUGUUCAGCUUGUACACACACACACACACACACAGAGAGAGAGAGAGAGAGACACACAGAGAGAGACACACAGACAAGCUUACAGGCACACUCAGUUCAAACUCACACUCCAAAUAUCAAAUAUGCUUAAUUACAGGCCGCACAAAGAGAGAAAAUACAAACACACACACACACACACACACACAGGCACACACACACAAACACACACAUACACACACAAACAUUUUUGCUCACUUAUAUUCCAGUCAUUGUCAGGAUCAUGUGCUUUCUCUACACGUGUGGCUGAACCAUGACCAAUCCUGUGUAUGUAACUUCUCUUGCACCAUGUUUAAUGGUAAAGUACGUUUUGUGCUGGAAUUCUUUUUAUCUUAUAUGUAUAUUCUGAUUGUUUUAUAUGGAUUCCCCAGCACUUGAGAGUGAAGAAUAAAACUGUACUGAAUUAAA